AUGAGAUUGGUGAUGAUCGGUCUCUCUCUGGAUGCUCACUUUCGCACGAUGCUUGCAACUUGUGCUCUUAGUGGAGUUGCAAAGUUAUGGAGCGUGCCUGAAGUAAAGAAGGUUUCCACAUUAAAUGGUCAUACUAAGCAAGCUGUAGAUGUUGUAUUCUCUUCCACAGGCUACCAUUUGGCUACUGCAUCUGCUGACCGACCUGCAAGAUUAUGGAACACGGAAGGGUCUGCUCAGAUAACAUUUGAGGGACAUUUCGAUCGUCUUGCUCGCACUGCCUUCCACCUGUCAGGAAAAUACUUGGGCACAUCUAGCUUUGACAAGACUUGGAGAUUAUGGGAUGUAGAGGUUGGUGAAGAGUUGCUUCUCCAAGAAGGUCACAGCAGGAGUGUAUAUGGAUUAUCUUUUCACCGUGAUGGCUCUUUAGCAGCAUCAUGUGGACUGGACUCUCUUGCUCGUGUGUUGGACCUGAGACAAUACUUGGCGCAUUUGGGAUUUGAGGAAGAGAAAUUGUACAUAAUAAUACCUGCUCACUCUAACCUUAUAUCUGAGGUCAAAUUUGAACCUCAAGAGGGUUACUUUCUGGUUACUUCUUCAUAUGAUAUGACAGCUAAGGUGUGGUCAUCUAGAGAUUUUAAGCCUGUAAAGUCACUAUCUGGUCGUGAAGCAAAGGUUAUUUUGCUUGAUGUUGAUGGAGAUAUAAAUGCUUACCAUCCGUAUUUAACUGGCAUGGGAGCAUUUGUCUCUGCCACAUAG